AAGUCUCUCCACCACCACCGCCGUCCUCACGACUUUCAUAUUUUCCUUUUACUGUAAAAAAAGAUGUCGACGCCUACCUUGUGGACAAUUCCCAUCCAGCGAAAGGGCAAACCGAUCCGGGCUGCAGCCGUCAUUGGAGGAGUUCCCUUUAAGCUCCCGGAUGCUUAUACACACUUUGAAGACAACUUGAAGCCUCCGUUCUUGGGGAAAUUCCCUCACGGAAAGAUCCCAGCAUGGGAGGAUGGCGAUUUCUUACUCUUUGAGUGGUCUGCGAUCGCUCGAUACGUCGCCUCGAAAGCUCCCAAUUCCAACUUACUCGGCUCGACUCCAGAGGAAGCUGCUCAAGUUGACCAAUGGAUCCACCUUGCUGAGAGCGAAGUCGAUAUCUAUACCGUUCUUACCAACGAUGUCUGCAAUGGCAAAAUCGCUGGCUACUCCAAGCCUGCCCACACCUACUUCCUCGAGAAACAACUUCGUGCUCUCAAAACUCUUGAUGCUCACCUUGCUAAGCACACUUUCUUCGUCGGCGAACGCAUUACUCUUGCUGACCUCAGCGUCGCUGCUUUCAUCCAAUACGGCGCCGGCAUCAGCAUCGACGCCUCUGUCCGUGCCCAGAUCCCCCAUCUCAUCCGCCACCUCGAGACCAUCGUCAACCAGCCCCAGUUGAAGGAGAUCUAUGGCCCUGUUAACUACACCGAGAAGGGUGUGCAGUUCGUUCCACCAAAGAAGGAGAAGGCCCCUGCUCCCCCCAAGGAGAAGAAAGUCGAGGAGAAGAAGCCGAAGAAGAAGGAGGUUGAGGACGACGAUGCUGAUGAGCCCGAUGUCCCUCCCGAGCCCAAGGUUAAGAACCCCCUCGACGACCUCCCCAAGUCGUCGUUCAACCUCGAGGAUUGGAAGCGGGCGUACUCUAACAAGGACACCCGCGGAGCUGGUGGGUCUAUCGAAUGGUUCUACCAAAACUUCGACGCCGAGGGUUUCUCCAUCUACCGCGUCGACUUCAAGUAUAACGAAGAACUCACCCAGACUUUCAUGUCCUCCAACCAGAUCGGUGGAUUCUUCAACCGUCUAGAGGCUUCACGGAAAUACCUCUUUGGUUCCGUCGGUGUUUUGGGCCAGACCAACAACAGCGUGAUCAGUGGUGUGCUCAUCCUCCGUGGGCAGGAUGUCACUCCCGUUGUGAACGUUGCUCCUGAUUGGGAGAGCUACAAGUACGAGAAGAUCGACCUCAAGGAUGACAAGCAGAAAGCCUUCUUCGAGGGCGCUCUCGCUUGGGACUUGGAGCUCGACGGCAAGAAGUGGGUUGAUGGAAAGAACUUCAAGUAAUCUGAUACUUACCUUGACGACUGUACUCAUGUUGUUGAUCUGUUACCAUCUGGGGUGUUGUUCGAUAGAAAAUGAAAAAGAGUGUAACAUAUUUUUUGAAUGCCAAUUGGCGCAGGCCUGCUUACUCCCAUACCUCAUAAAGCUAUGAAGGACAGUUGCUCCACGUCGACAUGCCGAACAUUUUUUCGAACAGCCUCUCUGACUAUUCCUCUUGAUAUCUUCGAGUUUUAUCCAUUAAAGCAUUAUAUUGAGCCGAGA